AUGAGCCCGGAGACGCGAGAGGAGGUGCUGCGUGCCUGCUACGAUCAAGAGGUGGGCUUGGGCUACAAGUUGGCGCGAGUGCACAUCGGCUCCUGCGACUUCUCACUGGGCAACUGGACCUGUGGGGAUCUGGCGGAGGGUGAUGAGGAACUGAAAGGCUUCAGCCUGGAGCACUACAAGGCCAGUAUUUUGCCCGCCAUCCACGAUGCUGCGAAGCUCGCCGGCGCGCCUCUGGCGAUGCUCGCUAGCCCCUGGAGUCCGCCAAUGUGGAUGAAGACGAAGAUGGAGUUCCACGGCGACGGGCACCUGAAAAAAGAGUGCUACGGAGCUUGGGCACACCACUUUGUGCGAUUCGUCCAGGAGAUGGAAAAGUUGGAUGUCCCCAUCUGGGCCGUUUCGGUGCAGAACGAGCCUGAAGCGGCGCAGAUCUGGGAAUCCUGCAUCUACACGGCGGAGGAGGAGAGGGAUUUUGUGCGAGACUACUUGGGUCCCGCCCUCGAGGCCGCUGAUCUCAGCAGGGUGAAGAUCAUCAUCUGGGAUCACAACCGUGAUGGCAUGUUGGAGCGGGCGGCCGUGGCAUACGCAGACGUCGAAGCCUCGAAGUACAUCUGGGGUCUCGGCUACCACUGGUACGGAGAUGCACGGUAUGAGACCUGGCCCGAAUGCUACGAUAUCGUCUACGAGGACCGCAAGCGUGGCGGGGGCUCCGUCCAAGAGCUCAAAGCCAGGCUGGGUUUCGAGAAUGUCCGGCGUGUCGCCGAGUUGCAACCGGACAAGCACAUCAUCUUCACGGAGGGCUGCCAGGAGCUCUCGAACCGAAAGUUGGACGAGAUGCUUGGAGUUUGGAAAAUUGGCGAGAGGUACGGCAUGAACAUCAUCAACGACAUGAACCACGGCUGCGAAGGCUGGAUCGACUGGAACCUGUGCCUGGACGAGCAAGGUGGUCCCAACCAUGUCGGCAACUUUUGCUCAGCUCCGAUUAUCUGCGACACACGCAGCGACGAAGUGCUCCGGCAACCAUCUUACUGGUAUCUUGGUCAUUUUUCCCGCUACAUUCGCCCUGGCGCCUGCCGUGCAGUGAGCAGCACAAGCCGGGACGUGCUUGAGGUGACGUCUUGGGUAAACCCCGACGGAAGUUUGGCCGUCGUGGUCAUGAAUCAAAGUGCGGAGGACAUCGAGUUUUGGCUGAAGGUGCAGGGAUCAGGUGCAGUGCGCACCGAGGCCCCAGCGCGAUCGAUCACGACGUACUUGGUCGAUGACGUCGAGCCUGCCGAUGUUUAG